GGUGUUCAUGAAGUUGCCUCCUGGCUGCGAGUCGAUGACAGGAAAGGUAGUCCGUGUAGACAAGAGUUUGUAUGGACUGAGGCAGGCAUCUAGAACAUUACACUAGAGACUUGUGUCGGACCUGAAGAGGAUUUGUUUCGAACAGUCUCUGUCAGACCCCUGUGUUCUUCGUUUCAUGAUGGGAGACCAGGUGUUGGGUAUGAUUGCGAUUCCUGUGGAUGACAUUCUGUAUGCAGGAAUUGAGAGGCUUGCCAAGAUGGUUGCGGAAGCGCUAGGUGACUCUCUCCCCACGAAGAAUUUGGGCGAGGUCAGGCUCUUUCUUGGUUGCGCAUUCGUUCGCGACCGCGAGGCUGGUACGAUUGAGAUGUCUCAAGAGAGUUACAUCAGGAGUGUUCUUGAGAGAUUCAAUGUUUGUCGCACCAGCUCGAUCCCUGCUUCCCUUGCUAACGAUUACAGGUCCGUGAUGGAGGAUGAGGGGGCAGGAGGUGUGCCGUUCCGAGAGGUGGUGGGGAGCCUGAUGUGGAUCGCCAACCAGACAAGGCCCGACAUCUCGAAUGCUGUGCGGGCGGUGGCAAGGCACUCUCGCGAGCCAAAGAGAAGCCACUGGAAGGCGGCCCAGAGGAUUCUAAAUUAUCUUCUGGAGACGGCACAUCUAACUUUGUAG